AUGGAAGAUCAGAAUUUGUUGGAGAAAAAGGAACCUAGUUCCGAAGAGGUUGAGAAGCUGCAAGCAGAUACUUCUGCAAUUCAGAUCGGAGAUCUGGAUAAAGAGGCAGAAGCUCUGAAUACUGGUCAUGAUAAACUGGAGGAUAUAUCGGAUGUGAUAAAGAAUGUCGACGGUGGAAAGUCCAAGUCUGAUACUGAUGAAAAGGUAAAUGACAAAUUCAUUGGAGAUUCUGGUUUGUCUGGGACCAAAUCUGAAGUGGGUGUCAACAAUGAUUCUGGUCAUGAUAAGGCGGAGAGGAACAUGGAUUCCGAGCCUAAAAGUGAAGAGACAAAUCUAGAUGAAAACUCACGACCAAAUGACUUGGCUGAAGAGGAGGAUGACAGUGGAGACAUUGAAUCCGCCACACAUGUGAAUCAAAAGGCCGAUGAGAUUCCAAGCGAGGACAACAUUUUGGACCCUGUGUUUGAUGGAACUGAGGUUCCAGGGAUGGAAGUCAAUCGGAGCACAUCUACUCGUAAGUUGGAUGGAGAUCAGGACAGUUCAGGUGUGGUUGAGAAGGCGGUAGCUCUUAAAAAUUUUGUUAGGGAGAAAAGUGCAGUGGCUGUUUCCACUAUGCUGCGCCGCCUUUCAGGAAAAAGUGAUGAUGCUUCUGUGGGUAAUUUUGAUGAUGAAAGCAAGGAUGGUUCAGAUAUUUCAGAAGUUAACGAAUCUAAAUUGGUUUCUCAGAAGUUAGUGGAGAAAUCUGCCUGGAAUCCCUUGAAUUAUAUUAAGAAGUCGUCUGAUGUUGAGGUGGACUAUACUGUACCACCAAUAGCCAUGAAAGGAAGGAUUAUUCUGUACACGAAACUCGGGUGCCAAGAAUCUAGAAUAUUCAGGCUAUUUUUACGUACGAAAAGGCUUAGGUUUGUCGAAAUCAAUAUAGAUGUAUACCCUAGUAGAAAGAUGGAGCUGGAAAAGAUUUCAGGAUCUACUUCAGUUCCUAAGGUGUUUUUCAAUGAAAUACUUAUUGGAGGCUUGAGUGAGCUAAAAAACUUGGAUGAGUCUGGAAGGCUUGAUGAGAAGAUUGACUAUCUUGUUACGGAAGCACCAUUAUUUGAAACGCCAUCACCACCUUUUUCUGGAGAGGAUGAUAUCUCCAGCAGUGGGGCAGUUGAUGAAUUGGCUCUUAUUGUACUCAAAAUGAAAGAAUCUAUUACUGUGAAGGACAGAUUGUACAAAAUGCGCAGGUUUACCAACUGUUUUCAGGGAUCGGAUGCUUUAAAUUUCUUAUCAGAAGAUCAAUAUUUGGAAAGACCAGAGGCCGUUGAAUUUGCUCGGAAGCUUGCCAGCAAACUCUUUUUUCGACAUGUUCUUGAUGAGAAUCUAUUUGAAGAUGGUAAUCACGUGUAUCGGUUUUUGGAUGAUGAUCCAACUGUGGUGUCACAAUGUCACAACAUUCCUAGGGGCAUUAUUACCUUUAAACCGAAGCCUAUAGCAGAAAUUGCAUCAAGGCUUAGAGUUCUGGCCUCUGCAAUGUUUGAAGCCUAUGCUUUUGAAGAUGGGUCUCGUGUUGAUUAUACAAGUUUGCAUGGAAGUGAGGAGUUCGCAAGGUAUCUGAGAAUAGUAGAAGAGCUCCAAAGAGUGGAAAUAUGGGAUUUAUCUAGAGAAGAGAAGCUUGCUUUCUUUAUUAAUCUCUAUAAUAUGAUGGCCAUCCAUGCAAUCUUAGUAUUGGGUCAACCAGAUGGAGCACUAGAAAGAAGGAAAAUAUUUGGAGAGUUCAAAUAUGUUAUAGGUGGCUCCACCUACUCACUUUCAGCUAUUCAAAAUGGCAUAUUGAGGGGAAACCAGCGGCCUCCAUAUAAUCUUAAGAAGCCAUUUGGUGCAAAAGACAAACGCUCAAAGGUGGCACUCCCUUACCCUGAGCCUCUGAUUCAUUUUGCUUUGGUAUGUGGCACCCGAUCUGGGCCUGCACUACGGUGCUAUUUUCCUGGAAAAAUUGAUGAAGAGUUAUUGGAUGCAGCUCGCAACUUCCUGAGAAGUGUAGGUCUUCUAAUUGAUUUGACAGCAAAGACUGCAUAUGCUAGUAAGAUCCUUAAAUGGUAUAGUAUAGAUUUUGGCAAGAGCGAGGUUGAGGUGAUCAAGCAUGUGUCAAACUAUUUAGAUCCAGCCGACUCAGAAGUAUUAUUGGACCUGCUUGCCUCUUCUGAGUUGAAGGUGACAUAUCAGCCUUACGACUGGGGUUUGAACUGCUAG